UGAGCUCUGGAGCCGCCGGACAGAUGGAGGAGAUGGAGGAGCUCGUCACUCAGGGCGACAGCAUGCCCAAGCGGCUGGCUCUGAUCUGCUUCCUGUCUCUGGUCAUGCUCAUGAGCAUUCUGGGAAACCUGCUGGUCAUGGUGGCCGUGUGCAAAGACCGCCAACUCAGGAAAAUCAAGACCAACUACUUCAUCGUGUCGCUGGCGUUCGCAGACCUGCUCGUGUCCGUCCUGGUGAUGCCGUUCGGGGCCAUAGAGCUGGUCCACGAGCACUGGAUCUACGGAGAGACCUUCUGUUUGGUCAGGACCUCUCUGGACGUGCUCCUCACCACCGCCUCCAUCCUGCACCUCUGCUGCAUCGCCCUCGACAGGUACUAUGCGAUCUGCUGCCAGCCGCUGGUCUACAGGAACAAGAUGACUCCGAUGCGAGUGGCUCUGAUGAUCGGGGGCUGCUGGUCCAUCCCCACCUUCAUCUCCUUCCUGCCCAUCAUGCAGGGCUGGAACAGCAUCGGCAUCGACCACCUGAUCGAGGAGCGCAGACACAGCGAGGGCUCCAACUCCACCUCCUGCGUCUUCAUGGUGAACAAACCUUACGCUCUGACCUGCUCUGUGGUGGCCUUCUACAUCCCCCUGGUCCUCAUGGUCCUGGCCUAUCAGAGGAUCUACGUCACCGCCAGGGCCCACGCGCUCCAGAUCUCCAUGCUCCAGAGAGCCGGGGGAGCCAGCCUCGCCGUGGACUCCGCCGACCACCAACGAAACCACCGAAUGAGGACUGAGACGAAAGCCGCUAAGACUCUGUGCAUCAUUAUGGGCUGUUUCUGUUUAUGCUGGGCGCCAUUUUUCGUGACAAACGUGGUGGACCCCUUCAUCGGGUAUACAGUCCCGGAGCAGCUGUGGGCGGCCUGUCUCUGGUUGGGGUAUAUAAACUCCAUGUUGAACCCCAUUCUCUACGCCUUCCUGAAUAAGUCUUUUCGCCGUGCGUUCCUCAUCAUCCUGUGCUGCGGGAGGAAGAGGUACAGAAGGCCGUCCAUUUUGGGGACCCCGCAGUGCACGACGACGCAGAUCAACGGCUCCACGCACGUGCUCAAGUAUUCAGUUCUCCACAACGGGACCCACUCGGAGCAGGACCGGGGUCAGACCGACACCGAGUCCCACGAGUCCUGUCUGUGAUGGGGCCUCCCUCUGAA